AUGCUCAAUCUGCUUCUUAUUCCGGGCUUUUGCUGCUUUAUAGGCGGCAUGGUUAAUUUACGAGAUGUGUAUGGAAACGGAUACGAACAAGCCCUAAGCACCCAGGGGCUGGAAGCCUGCUAUCCCCAGCUUAUGCUUGCCACUGCUGUGCUCCUAGUGCAUGAGUUUUCGUUCCAUAGCGGAGACACAGCACGCGAUGAUUCCGUUCGAGUAUUGUCACUCAUCGCCGCCGCCGCUCUGUUAACGACAUUCGUAUUCUAUCUCUGGGUUCAGCUAAAGACGCACGAUUCAGUUUUCAACAACUACAGCACGCAGCCUCCCGAGGAGGAUAGCGUUAUAGCCUAUCAAAACUCAGAGGAAGACGAGGAAGACGAGGAAGACGCAACCUUACUUUCGCCUGUAGCCGCAUGGAUUGUCUUUCUCAUGAUGACGGCAACAUUUGCCUUUUGCGCACAACGUAUGAUGUCUGCCAUAUAUAACUCUCCAUCGGGACACUAUGUUAACAGGAACCUUCUCGGCUUUAUCGUCAUUCCAUUUAUACGCUACUUUACCCUUGGUUUUACAGCUGUAGUCGUUGCCAUUAAGGAUAAGACACAUUUGGCAAUAGGCUUGGCUCUUGGAGCCACUAUCGACAUGAGCUCUUUCGAAACCCCAAUAUUGAUCAUUCUCAGUCAGCAACUCAGCCACAAACCGCUCACAUUGGAUUUUCCAGCUUGUAUGUAA